GGGUGUUGUCAGCGGCCGGAGCGGGCCGGGACUGGCGUUCGGUGCCUCUCCCGGUAACGCGGCCCGCGCUCUCCCCGCAGCUGUGGAGAUCCAGCCCGCCUGCCUCGGGCUGUACUGCGGCAGGACCGUGCUGUCGGUGAACGGCUCCCUGGAGACGUACGGGGACUGCGGGGUGUGUCCUAGAGGCCAAAGAACCGAUGACAACAAAAUCUGCCGGGAAUGUACGGGAUCUCCAGACCGCUAUGACUGGCUGUACCUCGGCUUCAUGGCCAUGUUGCCCCUGGUUUUACACUGGUUCUUCAUUGAGUGGUAUUCUGGAAAGAAGAGCUCCAGCGCGCUGCUGCAGCACCUGACGGCGCUGCUGGAGUGCAGCACGGCGGCCCUGGUGACGCUGCUGCUCAGCGACCCCGUGGGCUCCCUGCACAUCCGCUCCUGCAGGGUGAAGAAGCUCUCAGACUGGUACACCAUGCUCUACAACCCCAGCCCCGACUACAUCACCACAGUGCACUGCACCCACGAGGCCGUCUACCCCCUGUACACCAUUGUGUUUAUCUAUUAUGCUUUCUGUCUCGUGCUGAUGAUGCUGCUUCGGCCUCUCCUGGUUAAGAAGAUUGCCUGUGGUUUGGGAAGGUCUGACCGAUUUAAAAGCAUUUAUGCAGCACUCUACUUCUUCCCCAUCCUCACUGUGCUGCAGGCCGUGGGAGGAGGCCUCCUCUAUUAUGCCUUCCCAUACAUCAUCCUGGUGCUCUCUUUGGUUACACUGGCUGUGUACAUGUCUGCUUCUGAAGUGGAGUUUUUCAAGGAUCUGCUCGUGAGGAAGAAAAGGCUCGUUGUCCUCUUCAGCCACUGGUUACUUCAUGCCUAUGGAAUCAUCUCCAUUUCCAAACUGGAUAAGCUUGAGCAGGACCUGCCUUUGCUUGCCUUGGUGCCUGCCCCUGCCCUCUUCUACUUGAUGACAGCAAAGUACACAGAGCCCUCACGCAUCCUCUCUGAAGGGGGGAAUGGACAUUGAAAGGAGCCUGUGCCAACACCUCUGUCCCACUGAUCUGGAGAAAGCAAUUUUAGUGCUUGUCAUGCUUUGGACACUUCUGUUUUCAAAAAGAAGUUGUUUAUGUGCCAGCCUUCUGGUGAAACACCUCUGGGUGAGACUGUAUAAUAUUAAAAAGCUGCACUUUGUAUUCUUCCUGAGUAUCUGGUAUAGAUCAAAAGCAAUGUCUUUUUAUCUGUUUAUCACUGUGAAUCUGUAUAAAAAGCUUGUGAUACAUCCUAGUACAAUGGUUGGUUUGUGUAUUGUUCAUUUCCUAACACAAUAUUUGAAUAAAACAAUAGAGCCUGGUUUUCAAUAGACUUUAAUUAAAAAAAAGUAGAGCUUGAAUAUACCAGAGAACUUGAUUUUCUCAUCACAUGCUCUAUCUUCUAUCCCCCACCAGUGGAAACAGACUGUCUUCUUCCUUCCAUCAAAAGAUAAAACAUGUGCAUGAUUCCUCAUGAUGUUUGAGUCUGCUAGAGAAGAAAUGCACUGUAAAAGAAGAAAUGCAAAAUUCUGUAAAAUUCUUUAUAAGGUCGAGUUUAUGCUCUUGUGUGCUUCAUAUAUGGAGACCUUCUUGGAGAGCAUUAAAUGGAUCAGAUUAAAGAUUUUCUUUUCUUGGGA